CCCAAUUCAGCCCAGUCCAGGCCUCAUUGGCAUCCUCCGCCCACCACUACGCGCCAGCAACGGUCGACAAGGACUGCCCCACACACACACGAUGCCUCCCAAAGCGCGCUCCGAGCGCUCCAAGAGCCAAAGCAAAAAUGCGAGCAAAACCGCAAAGGCGAACGCGACGAAGGGUGAAGGGAAUGCCGGGUCGACGAGACGCACUACGCGUCAACAACGCUUGGCGAGCGCGAGCGCGAGCCAAUCCGAUAGUGGGGCUACGUCUGCGGAUGAGGAGGAUGAGGAUGUUUCAGAGAUGAACGAUGAAGAGGAUGAAGAAAUGUCGACUCCCGUAGCGGCAGACAAGACGAAAUGGCGCAGCAGCAAGGUCAAUGGUGAAAUGCAAAGCGAUGCGGAUGCUUCUUCGCCUUUGUAUUCUGCCUUUAACAAACCUCGAGCCAAGAGCGGCAUCAAGUAUGGCAGCAGCAGCAGCAGCGGCGGCGGCGGCGGCGGCGGCGGCGGCAAGAAUCAAGUUCAAGCCCACGCCAAUCUUGGCGCAACAAGCGGGAGUGCAAAGUCCCCCAAUCGUGCCACCAAAUCCUCAAGCAGCGCAACAGAGCGAAUGUUUGGAAAUGUGGUCAGCGGGAAUGUGAAUCGCGAAGAGGUCAAGCAAGGCGCUGAGCAGGAGCAAGCGCGAGCGCGAGCGCAAUCGAGGCCGGGCGGUAAGCAGGCCAAGCACGCGACAAAGCAGCAGCAGCAGCAGCAGCAGCAGCAGGAGAGGGACGAAUUGCAGGAUGAGGAGGUGGACGGUAAGCAACGAAAGAAACGGGAAAAGGCGGCGGGUGGAGCGAAGAAGAGCAAAAAGGCGACAUCGACGGCGAGAACAAAGAUGGACAAGGAGGUCACUAGCGCUCAUAGCGAGGAUGCGGAUGUUGUGGACAUGGUGGUCGAGACGCAGGCAGGCGUGGUGCCCGAAAAUGCCAUCGCUGGGUUUUUGGACAAUUACGAUUUGGAGUCCUCGCGUCAGAUGUCGACGCUGCAAGCUUCCCUCUCCCACUCCUUGUCCCUCGCCACGCAGCAAAUGUCCCUCUACAUCACCCGCCUGCCCAGCGUGGUGCGGCGCAUGACGCUUGGAGAGUUUGUGAGGGAGUACGAGGCGGAUGCCAAGUUGGUCAUGAGUCGAGCGGGCAAGGGCAGAUUGACGGAGGGAAGGGGAGCGAGCGUUAGGGGUGUGGUGGGUGUGGAGAGCGAGGAUUGGGACAAGUUGGCGGAGAAGACAAAGGGAAGAGGUAAGAGGAGAGGAGAGGAGGAAGAUGAUGAUCAUGAAAAGAGCAAGAAUGGUGAGAGCUCGCGAUGGACUUGUGAAGCGAAGGGGUUGAGCAUGGGCGAUGCAAAGAGGUGAAUGCCUGCUGAUCCUGCACCCGUCGUCGGACUCCUUGUUAGCUCGUCUUGCGGACAAGAGCCGGGUGAAAACGUCCCGCUUGAACGCUUCGACGGCUCGAAGAGCCAAAGGAGCCGACGAUGUUCCAAGCACCAGUCGGACCGGCGAAGCGAGCGGUGAGGAGAAAGAAAGACCACCUUCCUCCUCUUUCAACCCUGCCAUUCCCUCUCCUGCCAAGAAGCUCUCCUUGGGCGCUCGCGCACACGACUCCUCUUCCACCAUCGAUUCUUUGCGUCGCGCAGGAGCACCUGCGCGCUCGAGCGGCGCCAACGGUGCGCCACCCGCCUCGCGCACGGCUCAAGAGGGCGAAAUGGUCAAGUUCUAUACGAGCGAUGGACAGGCUGUGACGGGCGUGGU